CUCACUACUGCCACCACCGUUCUCUAUUAUGUGGUUGUCCAUCCUCUUCUGCUUUUGUUGAAGGCUUUAUGGUACAUUGUGGCGAUACUCUCCACUCCUUUUCUAUACAUUGGACGGGUUCUGCUCCGCCUGUCCACGAUUCCAUGGCGCCUGUUCACGCGUUUCGAGGCUCUCUGGUAUUUCCUCGGUAGCGCAAUCCUGUUGGGACUACUACUUGGCCUCCUUCUACACUUCACCCUGCGCGCCUUCGUCGUAGUCUGCCGUCUCGAUCGGAAAUCCGUCCCGAAACCUGCCCCCAAGCCCAAAUCGAUUCCGGCCAAAGGACAUGAUGCACUAUCAUACAGGAAGGCAAGAGGAGAGAAGAAGAAAAAGGCAGAAGUCGAAGAACAAGCCGCCAUUGCUGUUCAAGCUAGGCUGAUAGCCUCCCAGCCACUAAUACAAGAAGUUGUGCGCGAAGUGAGGAAAAUGCCCUUCUCGGGGUCAGCAGGGCCUUUGAGUCCAAGUGUACCAGGUCCGAGCCGACAUGGACUCUUGCAAGAGACUAUUCUUGAGCACACUGACGAGGACGACGAUGACUCAGUAUUUUGA